AUGGCUUUCAAGUUCACCAGCUCUCUGCUCAUCCUGGCUGCCAUCGCAGCGGUCUCUGUGGCGGAGCCGGCACGUCUGCGCAGUCGCUCAUCCCGCUUCCGUUUGGCUCGCCAGGAGGAGGCAUCGCCAGCGCCUGUGGAUCCAGCUGUGGACGUUGCCCCCACGCCAGCCUCGGCCCCUUAUCCGCCUGCAGGCGUCACGCCCGCCAUACCCUUUGACCUGCCCACCGAGACGGAGACCGAGGCGCAGCCCGAUCUGACCUAUGGCCCACCCGACAACACCUAUGGCCCGCCACCCGCCGAGCCCGACAACACCUAUGGCCCACCACCUGCCGAGCCCGACAACACCUAUGGCCCGCCCCCUGCCGACACUGCCGCUGAUCUGGACCAAGACCAGGAUCUGGCUCCAGCCGAUGCCGAUCCAGCUUCAGAGCCCAUUCCCGCCAGCCUGAUCCUUGCACGCAAUGGUCGCCUGCGCCUGCGCGGUCCAGCAUCGGAGAAGCUGCGCUCCGCUCAGAUCAUACGAUCCAAGCCAGUUCUGGUCUACACCAUCCAAUAGAUGCACUGUUGUUGCGAAUGUUCUUCACGAGUCAUCGAUCCAAA